AUGGCUGCAUAUACGUAUAUUAAAAUUGACUUACUGGACCAAAUUACGAUAGAAUCCAAAUUAUACGAUAGAUAUGAAUUUGAAGUAUCUAGUGUAAGAACGAAAAAUGUGGACAAUUUAAACUUCGACGAAGUCCGGUACGUCAUAUUCAGGGCUUUGCAGGUUUGGUCCAAGCAUUCCAAGCUGACCUUCUCGGAAGUUGACAGCGACAAGGCGGACAUAUUGAUCUACUUUCACAGAGGAUCUCACGGUGACAAUUUCCCUUUCGAUGGUCCCGGAAAAGUUCUGGCGCACGCAUUCUUUCCAACGGCUGGUUGGUCGAGCGUGGAAGUCCACUUUGAUGCAGACGAAAAAUGGACAACGAAAUUUGACAAUGAGGAAGGAACAAAUCUUUUCAACGUUGCUGCUCACGAAAUAGGACACUCUCUAGGACUGUCACAUUCGAACGUAGAAAGUGCUUUAAUGUAUCCUUGGUAUAAGGAAAUGGAAAAUGGAUUUGAUUACGAACUGCCGGAUGAUGACAAACAAGCCAUACAAUAUUUGUACGGUGCUCCAGAAGGUGGCAACAGCAAAUGGGCCAAAAAUCCGGAAUAUCAUCCUCAACCUACUACUACAACAACUACUACUACCACGACUACUCGUCCACCCAGAUAUACACCAAGGAAGAGACCUCAAAAUCCUAGACAAUACCCUUAUCCAACAUACUCACCAUAUUACCCUCAGAAACCGAUGAAUCCUAGUAAAAAACAUUAUUAUCCCAAUCAAAAUGCUGGCUAUCCAUAUUCACCAGAUAGAAAAUAUCCAAAACAACAUGCACCAGAGAGAAACUAUCCGGUAUCUCCUACCAAAAGAUACCCGUAUAGGCCUCCGGAGACUGCUCCUCCACGAACGUACGCCCCAAGAACAUAUCAACCAAGACUACCUGAAAGACAUUAUCCUCCAAAUCCGGUACCGACUCGAACAACUGCUAAGCCUCCGCCAGAUACUUGCAACACGAGCUACAAUGCCAUAUCUGUCAUUAGGAGAGAAGUCUUCAUUUUCAAAGAUGCGUAUUUCUGGAGAAUAGGCGACAACGGCCUAAUGCCAGGAUAUCCAGCGUUGAUACGAAGACUCUGGCAUGGUCUACCGGAAGAUUUGACACACGUUGAUGCUGUUUAUGAAAGAAACGACGGUAGAAUCGUGUUCUUCAUAGGCGACAAAUAUUACGUAUUUUUAGACAACCACGUGGAGAAUGGUUACCCAAGACCGUUGUUCCAUCUAGGACUUCCGCGAGAAAUUAAAAAAAUCGAUGGUGCAAUGGUUUGGGGACACAAUGGAAAGACGUACUUUUAUAGUGGAAAUAUGUAUUGGAGAUUCGAUGAAGAAGUUCAAAAAGUCGAACUGGAUUAUCCCAGAGAUAUGUCGAUGUGGAAAGGAGUUGGAACGGAUAUUGAUGCCGUAUUUCAAUGGAAAGAUGGAAAAACCUAUUUCUUCAAAGGCAAAGGCUUCUGGAAAUUCAAUGACUAUCACAUGCGCGUAGAACACGAGAAACCAAGACUAUCAGCUCCAUUCUGGAUGGGAUGUACGACGAAUUACGAAGAAAACAAUCACUCUACAACCACCCGCACCAAAGAAUAUUCUAGAACGCACUCUCGCACUAGCCAUCCUACUCCCCACACAACCCGCAAAGUUCCCUACAAUACGUUAGGGGAGAAAAUGCCGUUGAAAGACGCUUCACGAGAAACUGCCUCAACAGCCACGUCACAUAGUCUUAAUGUACUUUUAGUAUUCGCGGUUUUUUAUGGAAUUUAUCACGGGAUAGGUCUUUAGAGAUACGCUCGUCAGAUUAAAUUGGGUAAGAACGAUAUCGAAAUAAGAAAUAAUCAGGCAACUGACUGUUUGUUUUUAUGUAUUACGCAUCCUAGCUUGAAAAUGUUGAAUUCUUAAUAAGUAAAACGUUUGUUUAAGAUGUGUCGGCGAAAUGUAAAUAUUAAUACAACGUUUUUGUUAAGUUGUUCUUUUCUUCCACUUUCUUUGAUAAAGGAUCGGUACGUA